AUGAAGGUUUACAGUUUGAGUUCAAGAAGCCCAGACCAGCCCUGUCAUUUCCAUGGGUGCUUACGUCAUGCGCUGCGGUUCGCCAGGUGGUUGGGGUUCUUUCCAGUUCAGGGUCUUGGAGAACCUAGACCCGAAGGUAUAAGGUUCAGAAUAAAGUCUCUAUACAGUAUUUACGUAGUAGCAACGUUACUGGGACAAGUGAUGAUGUCUUAUUUCUCUGUGCUACUAUUCUUUCAAACUGAAGUAACUUUGAGUACGAUAUCCAACAUAAUUUUUUACGUAACGGGCCUUAUUUCGGCCAUUUUGCUUCUAAAAUUGGCCCAACAAUGGCCGCUCCUUAUGACGAAGGCUGUGGAAACUGAACGUGGUCUUACUGAGCUGUCUUUGGACAACAAAGUCGUAGUUCGAAGCAGUGUCCUUGCUUAUUUGGUUAUGGCGCUAGCUAUGGUGGAACAUAUCUUAUGUACGAGUUUCAAUAUAAAAUUCGUGAUGUACUGCCUCCAAGAGGCUGGAGUCACCACCAAUGUCAUGGAGAAUUAUGUAGUACAUAGAAUGCCUUAUAUUUUUAACUAUAUACCUUACAGCUUUUUCAAUGCUGUCUUUUUUGAGUACUUGUGUCUUCAAUCAACAUUUCUAUGGAGUUUUAACGACGUGUUGAUCACAUGCUUCAGCAUUUAUAUUACAGCGUAUUUCAAAACAUUAAACGCAGUUAUUGCUACUAACGCCAAAAAGGAUAAGGAUACUAUUCCCUGGUCGAUACUUCGAGUGCAUUACUCCAAUUUGGUGAAGUUGGUCAAAGAGAUAGAUGACAACAUCAGCUCAUUGAUUCUUCUUUCCUUAUUCACUGAUCUGUUCUAUAUCUGUCUGCAACUCUUCAAUUCGUUGCACCGAAACCACGUCAGUUUCAAGUAUUGUGAUGAAACGCAAACCAAUCAAGCAUUAUCAUCACCAUUCUACCUCCUUUACUACUUGUAUUCGUUCGUCUUCCUUGUACUCCGAGCUCUGAUGCUGUCGCUAUUUGCGUCCAACGUGCACUGUGCGGCUCUCGAACCUGUAUAUUCCGUAUAUGAUGUGCCUUCUAGUGUUUAUGAUAAUGAGGUCCGCCGCUUUCAGUUACAGUUACAUUACACUGAAGUCGGACUAAGUGGGAAGUUUUUCUACGUGACUCGGAACAUGAUAUUAAAGGUAGUGGGCACAAUAAUAACAUAUGAAAUAGUUCUCCUACAGUACUCUGUGACGCCAAAUUCUUACUACAACGUUAGUACAACCGUGGCUACUGUUGUUGAUAAUGUUACUAAUUUAUAUGGAAAAACAUAA